CCGCAGACUGACGGGGUUAUGAGCUGGACAGCGAGGAGAUGUUGGGGCCCCCACCGGAAGCUACUACGCCACCCCCGACGCAGGCGGAGCCAGAGGGGGGCGAGAGGGCGAAGACACCUACUACUGUGGCGUCACAACUAACUGAGUAUACAGGUGCACGCAUGGAUGUGGAGGUGCCGACAACCGGGGAGCCUCCGCCAGGGCCGCCACCCGCAGAGGAGGAGACAAGUGAGAGAGAUCCACUGCGAGAGGGUCACGAGGCGAGGACAGGGAAGCCACCGGGAGAGACGAAAGAAGAGAAGCGCUCGAGGGUGCAGGUACGCCUCGAAGAGCUAUACCAGAAAAAGCUUAGGAUGGAGGCCGCAGGAGAAGCGCCAAGGCCGCCAAUUGACCCUCCGACGAGCGAGCAGAGGAUUAGCGAGGCUUGGGCCAGCUAUGAGAGCGAGAGGGAUGCGGCUCGCCUGAGGUCGCGAGAGGUAGGACAGGGGAGUGCAAGAUUGGACGAGGCACGAGAGACAGAGGACUUGGGAUUUUCAGCCAUCAGGAUGGAGAUUGAGCUUGCAGAUAGGAGGAUAAGUGAGGUGGCGGUCUCGCCCUUCCAACGGUACUCCAUGCUCAGCGAUGAGUUGGCGGCCUCGAGGUUAGAGGACAUGGCGGCGAUGGUGGAGAGGCUCUCGGCCACUAAGGUGGUCAACUGGACGGAGCAGAGCCGGUAUGGUAUCCAGGGGAAGGAGGUACAGGGGCUCUUUGGCCGGGAAGGGACGGCAGAGCCACCUCACCAAGGAGGUAUGGAGAAGGUAUUCCUGGGCCCAAUAGAGGCGGCAGCACGGCAGGAGGCCGAGGAGGGGAGGUUUAGCUUCAGGACGCCCACGGAGUUGGCCUCGCAACAGGCCACCCCUAUGAUGAUUGAGAUCUCUGAGGGCGAGCCGGCGCAGGGACCCCAACCUCCAGUGGAGGAAGGGGGCCCCACAGAGGAGUCCCCUACGAUCCUUUUGGAGGUGCAGGAGGGUGCCCUUACGGGAGUAACAGCAUCCACUGAGCCGGAGGCAAUGGGGGGGAGAGGCGUCUCGACUGGAUGAGUUAGUGGCAGCUAUGGAGUUGGACAUGCCGUCAGGAGAGCCUCAGAGACAGAAGACCCCUGAG